CCCCAACGCAGAGGCAAAUCACGGCCAAACAGGUUAACAAGACGCCAACCUCUACUCCUCCAUGUCUCCGGCGAGCUUUGUUGCGGUGGCGCUGGUUCUACUCGCGGCGGCGCGCGCUCGCUGCGACUUCGCCAGCGACCAAACGGAGUGCACGGAGCAGCUGACGGCGCUGCUUCCGUGUUUGGCCUUCGUGGAGAACGAGGCGCGCUUUCCGACUCCGGAUUGCUGCGCGAACGCGAAGACGGUGGUGGUGAAGAGCUUCAAGUGCCUCUGCGUGCUCGUGAAGGACCGCAACGAGCCGGGACUCGGUUUCAAAAUCAACGUUACUCGCGCCGUUACCAUGCCCGGACUCUGUAACGUCGCCGCUAAUAUCUCCGAAUGCCCCAAGUUGCUUAAGCUUCCACCAGGCUCGCCAGCAGCGCAAGAGUUUGACCAGCUAGAGAAACAGAUUGAUCAAAGUACUAAAGCUAAGAAGAAUUCGAGCAAUAAUUUUGAUACGACAAGCAAUGUGACUGCUUCUAGCCCCAGUGGCAAUAACAAGACCGAGAGGAGCUUCAUUGGGGAGAUUGAUAUGGUCCUUCAAUUAGUAUUUCUUUCGACAGUAUUCAUCAUUUGGGGAAACUAAGUUAUAUCCCCAAUUAUGUUACUCCAAAUAAAAUGCAUUUAUGAUGAAAAUCAUUAUAAGUUUGUAUGUUUGGUUGUUCAAUUAGAUAGUAGCCAACAUCUUCCUUGUGAAAUUUGCAUCUACCAAUC